AUGAAUACUAAUUCAGAUACAAGCGAUGAAUCUGAAGCAUUAGUAACAACAGCAACGUCGCUACAAUCAGCAACUGCUACAACAGUUAUUAUGGACACUACCAAAAUAAUUUCUUCUAGUAUGGCUGCCACAACCAUUUCAAGUAACUCGACUAUGACGACAACCACGACAUCGACCACUUCUACUACCACAACAUCAACUGAUCUGUCAAGUUCAAGUGACACGAUUGAUGGAUUGAGUUUUGGUAUUGGUAUUCCAGCAACAACACCAACAAUGGGAGGAAAAGCAGACAGUAAUGGAAUCAUUCAUUUGCAACCCGAGGUUGAAUUUGGCAAUAUCGAGUACAAACUACAACUGAUCAGUCCCACUGCCGAACGAUUGGAGCAUUUGGUGACACAGUUAAAGUGGAGACUGGGUGAAGGCAUGGGUGAAGCAAUCUAUGAGAUUGGUGUCGACGACGAUGGCACUGCCGUAGGAUUGGGCGAAACCGAGAUGCAGGCCAGUUUGACAACCCUGCGUACAAUGGCUUCUCGUCUCUCUGCCGACCUUACGAUUAUAAGAACUCGUAAUGGUACAAAGGGAGAGGUCUAUGAAGUAUUGAUUAGAAAGUUUGCAUCUGAUGAUUUUUCUGAAGUUAGAAUUUGUGUCACUGGAAAUGUUGACGCAGGAAAAUCAACUCUAUUGGGAGUAUUGACAAGAGGACAAUUGGACAAUGGUAGAGGAUUGGCAAGACUCAAUGUAUUUCGUCACAAACACGAGAUUGAGACUGGUCGUACAAGCAGUCUGUCACAAGAGAUUACUACGCUGUUUGGUAUGACUAGUCAUGCACCUGAUUUCAGCAUGCUGAUGGUCAGCGCCAACAAUGGAUGUGUUGGUAUGACCAAAGAACACUUGGGUAUCGCUCUGGCCCUUCGUGUACCAGUAUUUGUCGUCGUCACCAAGAUUGACAGGUGUCCCGAGAAUGUCAUGACCGAGACGAUGAAUGACAUUAAAAAGAUCCUCAAGUCUCCCGGAUCGCGUAAACUCCCCGUCGUCAUCCACAACCACGACGAUGUAGUUGUAGCCGCCCGUAGCUUUGUCUCUGAUCGUAUCGCCCCCAUCUUUUGUGUCUCCAAUGUCACAGGUCAAGAGCAUUCAUUCAAAGAGACUGCCGGUGAAGCAGGUGAGAGCAGGUCAGACGGCAUCGGUUGCCAUCAAGAUGAAGGUGAAAAAGUCGAUUCGCAAAGCACCACCAUCUCUCUAAACUACGAGGCAGUAGUACAUUGUGGAGCCAGUCAACAAUGUGCUCGUAUCGUUUGGAUGGAAAAGGAUGUCAUUCGAACGGGUGACAAGGCAAAGGUCAGAUUUAGGUAUACGGCAAGACCAGAGUUCCUCACUGUCAACAACCGACUGAUUUUUAGAGAAGGUCGUGCCAAGGGUAUUGGUAGAGUCACCCAAUUGAUUCCAUACCUGCCUGAAAGGGACAAUGGAAAUGCCAUCCCACAUCCUAAAUUUGCAUCAAAGGAAAGGGAAAAACAAGAAAGAUUGGAAACCGCAUUGGCCAAUCAACAACAACAAGAACAACAACAACAAAAAAAUGCACCUGUAAACAAUAACAAAGAAAAGGAUGUUAAACAUGUAGAUAAUAAUAAUAAUAAUGGACAUCAUGGUGGUAGUUCUGUAACUAAAGAAAAAUCGAUUUUACAACAAGCUCCUGCUACCUAUCAUCAUCAUAAUCAUAACCAUCAUUCCAACAAUAAUAACAAUAACAAUGCAAAAGAUACAAAGAAAUCAACUCACAAGUAA